UGUCGCGAGCAAGAGGAAGAGCGCGAUUUUCUCGAGACAUAGCGGCACACCACUGGAAGAUGUACGGCGGAGGUAGGUCAGGUCAGGGAGGAGAUCUGCGCAAUGCAGCCCUGGCAGGAAAGACGAAUGUCAUCUUCAUUGGCAACUUGCCCUACGAUGCCACCGAGCAACAGCUUGCCGAGCACUUUAGCAGCGCAGGACCCGUCGUGGGCGCCCGGCUCGUCUUCGAUCACGAUACAGGUAAAGCCAAAGGGUUCGGCUUCGUGGAGUUCUACGACGCCAACGUCGCUACUUCUGCCGUACGCAACCUCAACGGCGAACAGUUCCUCGGUCGUGCGCUCAGAGUAGACCAUGCCGAGCCAAAGGAAGGCAGUGCUCCCCGUACGAAUCCGAUCAGACAGGCCAAUAAUGCUCCUCCGGCGAUGGCAAGGGCAAUGGCUGUAGGUGCACCCCCGGGCGUCAACCUCGCUCCCGGUGCCUCGGCGGUCGAUUCGAUCAGCGAGACGCUAGCGACCUUGCCGCCCAAUGAGCUGCUCGAUAUCAUGUCACAGAUGAAGUCACUCGUUACGACCUCGCCCGACCAAGCCAAAGCGCUCCUGGCCGGCAAUCCUCAACUGACCUAUGCGCUCUUCCAAGCCAUGCUCAUGAUGAACAUCGUGGAUCCCAUCGUGCUACAGAGAAUGCUAGCGCCCGCAGCAGGCCAAGCUCCACCUCAAUCAGUACAACAGCAGCCCCAGCUUCCUCCGCAGCAACCCAUGUUCAGCCAAGCCUUACCGCAACGGCCAUACGGACAAGCGCCCGUAACCGGUCUGCCGCCUAAUCCUGCCCAGUACGCCCAACCGCCACAACAACAGCGAGGACCGCCUAUGCCGCCUCAGCCGCAGUAUCAUAACCCGCCUCCGAUGCAGAGACCACCCAUGCAGCAACAACAACCGCCACAGCAAGCACCAGCACCACUGAUCGAUGAAAGACAGAGGAUGCUGCAGCAGGUCCUGUCGAUGCCUCAAGAACAAGUCGACGCUCUUCCAGAGGGACAGCGAGUGGCCAUCAUGCAGAUCCGCGAGAGUGCGAGGCUGGCAGCGCAAGGCAGAUGAACUGUGUACACUGUUGUGACAGUGUGAUACAACAACUAUUACAGAUCCGGUCAAUCUAUCGCUACACCUUUUGCUCGUAGCUCGUUCUUCGCUUGUGAUACUUCCUCGAGUAAUUCGGUGUAGGCCUCCUCGCAAUCGCCAAAAGUGAGCACGCCGUAGCCUAGUUCACCCAGGCAAUAUGAUCCUAGCGUGACCAAUGCCCACCACGGCAGCACAGGCACGAGCUCGUCUGAAGC